AUGAACGAUGCGAUGGUUUUAGUGGCUGGACCGCCGGAACUCACUCUUAUCACUUAUUUUACAGACAUCAAAAUGGUUCGUACGCUCAAGUUUAGACACAUGCCACGGUCUAUUAGACGAUAUACACACUAUAAUACGGCUAAGUUAAAUGAAUAUACAAAGACUACAAAAACUGACAAGUUACCUAAUCUUACCUUCGUAGCAGUUGGCAUGAGUGUGGGUUUUGGUACCUUGACUGUCAUCAAUUCUAUAGUCGAUCGGUCAGUCGGACCAAUCUAUACGAAACUCAAUGAACAAAACACUUCAAUCAAGGAAAAAUUUGAUGAACAAAACGCUUCAAUCAAGGGAAAAUUUGAUGAACAAAACGCUUUAAUCAAGAAA